AUGUAUAACAAUUCGCAAUUUCCUUCUUACCAGGGUCAAGGUCAACAUUACAGUGGCCCGCCGCCAGCGAAGAAAUCGAGAGGAAAUGGCCCAAUCAUCACUCGCUAUCCUCCGCCUCCUGGAUACAGGCCACCUCCACAACCUCAACCGCCGUUUGGACAACAGGCCGGAUGGCAGCCAGGAUACCCGCAGCCCGCAUACCCAGGAUAUCAGCAGCCUCCCUAUCAACAGUUCCCACAGCCGCAGUAUCAACCACAACCAUAUCCUCAGCAGCAAGGCUACUUUCCUCCACCUCAACAGGGAUGGCAGCAACCAGUGACGACACCUCAGAGUGCUCCGCCGCUAUGGCAACCACCUUCGAACGCCAUGAACCACAAUGCUCGACGACACAAUUCAGCUCCCUUUCCAAUCAGUGGGCCUCUUAUCGAUGGAAAUGGCGACCCGAUGCCCCCUAUGGAUGAUGUGAUGACGACUGGCGAUGAAUUGGAACACGAAUUUGAUGGCGAGUGCUAUUUCGCACGGCAUCCAGACGAGAUCAACCUUGAGUUGAGCUUGGGACUAAUUGAGUGGAAAGCACCUCUACCCACCAAGCGAGCACUGCCAGCCACCUUUGGUGAAGCCGAACUGGAAGCCUUGGCCCCUCGACAGCCUCUGCCCACAGACGGCGAAUCGAUAUCCGAAUACUUCAGCGGGAUCAAGCGCGACGAGGCAUUCUUGAGUGUACGGCAGACUGAUUCUUGGGAGGACAUCAAGAACAGCCUCAUCUUCAAGGAGUUCUCAGUUGUUUGCUCUGAAGUCAUUACACUUGCUGAGCUGCUUGAAAAGUAUCGCUGCCGUUACGAUCCCAAAUGGGCCGAGGCCGAUCGCUUCUCUGCAAGAUCCAUCACACCUGACUUGGACAGAGAGCCGACACCGGCAGACGACCGCUCGACGAUGGAAGUAGAUGAGAGGCAAGCAUCUUUCGGAGCGACGCGAGAGAGAUCAGAGCCAGCGAACGGGAUUUUGGACGACUUGGAGCAGGCAUUGCGGCCAACUAGCAGGGGCAGCGUGCACCACCAUCGACAUUCGCGAAACAACUCAGUAUCAUCACAAAACCUGAGCCGACCGAAGCCCCUGCCAGCUGUCCGUGAUCAGAGUCAGGAGGAAAUCCUCGCGGCGCUGGGCGUCACUGGCUCCCCUAAGACGGUCUACCAAACCCCUGGUCCGGCAUUUGGGCCACCACCACCCUCGAAGAGCAGAACCAACUCAGCCAGUACGCUUCCCGGAUUCAACAUCCCGCCACCAUCAGCACAUGCUGGACGGCAACCCUCACCUACACGCGACACGUACGCUCCAAACGGUCACCGACCCGGCUCAGCACACAGCCAUCGAACAGCAAACGGCUCAGACUUCGACGCCGAGCCAGACGAUCAGACUACUCCACGGCCGAAAGUCCCACGCAACGAGAAUCGAAAACGUAGCUAUGCCGACUCGACAGCCGGUGCAGCUCUGGAGCCUUUGUAUGAAGAUGACGAGGACACGCCACGGCAGAAACGGAAGCAGGCGAGGGUUGAUGGUGGUCAUGAGAGCAACCGGUGGUAG